AUGCGUGUUAAGCUCCAGGGUGCUAGUCUCUGGGAGGCCGUUGACACGGGCGAUGGGGAUGUUCGACAGGAGCGACAAGCGCUGGGUAACAUCCUCUGCUCUGUCCCACCUGAGAUGUUGCUGAUCGACAACACGGGGGUGCAACACGUCUUCCUAAAUGAAGAGCGAGUUGUGCCCACUGCCACUACUGAUGGUUAUUGGUUCCUGGACACCGGAGCUAGCAAUCACAUGACCGGGAAUAGGGAAUUAUUCACCGAAAUUGAUGAACAAAUCAAAGGUACGGUCAAGUUUGGUGAUGGGUCUAUGGUUGACAUUCAGGAGCGUGGAUCCGUUUUGUUCGCUUGUAAGAACAACAAGCACAAGGUUCUGACAGAGGUCUACCAAAUCCCACGGCUAAAAACCAGUAUCGUCUCGCUAGGACAACUAGCUAAGGUGGGUGUCAAGAUCGUCAUCAAAGAGGAUGAGAUAUUGCUAUACGAUCGACGUCGUGCUCUGCUCGCCAAGGUCAAACGGAUGCAAAAAAGGUUGUACUCCGUCAUCUUGACUCUAGUGAAGCCGGUGUGCCUGCUGGCGCAUGCUGGAGAUGUGGCGUGGCGCUGGCAUGCGUGCUACAGUCAUCUAUAUUUUCGUGGCCUACAAGAUCUCACCAUCAAGGGCAUGUUGAAAGGUAUCCCGACGAUCAGUGGCCAUGAGCAGUUUUGCGAGGGAUGUGCACUCGGGAAGCAACACCGUGUUCCAUUUCCUAGCAUCACAGCGUAUCGCACGAAAGAGCGCAUGGAACUCACACACGGGGACCUCUGCGGUCCCAUAACCCCAGAAACCCUUGCCAGAAACAAGUACUUCCUUCUCAUCGUCGACGAUGCAAGCAGGUACUUGUGGGUGGAGAUGCUGAAAAACAAGGACGAAGCUUUGAGGUUCUUCAAGAAAAUCAAAGCAUUAGCUGAGAAUGAGUCUGGUCUCAGAAUGAAGGCAUUCAGAACUGAUUGUGGCGGUGAAUUUAUCUCAGCCGAGUUCGCUGAAUUUUGCAGUGAACAAGGACUACGACGACACAACACAGCCCCCUACACGCCACAACAAAAUGGCGUAGUGGAACGACGGAAUCAGACGGUCGUUGAUAUGGCAAGAUGCACGAUGAAGAGUAUGGGGUGCCAACAGUGCUCUGGGCAGAGGCGGUCAAGGUCUGUGGCCAUGGUGUUCGUCGGGUAUGAGGAUGGCGCAAAACCAUAUCGCGUUUACAAUCCAUCCACGAAGCGCCUUCACAUCACCAGAGAUGUGAUCUUUGAAGAAGAGCGGCAGUGGGACUGGGCAAAAUCAGGAGUAGAGCUCGAGCAACCAAGGGAAUUCGUCGUCAUCUACAAUAAUGAUGAAGAAAAGGUGUGUGGAUCACCAUCAGCAUCAGCACCUGUAUAG